CUCAAAUUUUACCGACCACCAGCGCUCCGAAUCCGAUCCUGAAGCUUCACUAGGGCGUGCAGGUCCCUUCUGCAUGUUCGUUUCUCGAUGUCCAAUCCAGUCCAUACAAACGCUUUAUCGAAAUUACCGGCUGUCAUCCCUGACCAUUCAUCAGCACCACCCCUCCGGAAGAACUCGAAGACAAGACCACGACACAACCGCAAGAAAAACAAAUCUCCCGAGGAUAAAUACAUUACCCAGCUGAACGAAGCCUGGGGUCGCACUCCCUGGCUGCCUCCCGGUGUGCGUCCACAACGAGGCCCAAAACUAGGGCCACAUUCAUUACGAGCACUACUUACCGUCACACAAACCGCUCUGGAUAAUGGAAUCCACCUUGAAGACAUUUGGAAAACUGGGCACUAUAUGAGAAAGGAGCUACCAGGAGACUCUCCGACCUUCACCAUUCUAGCCUGCAGGCGGGUAAUUGAGAGCAUAGAAGCAGACAGUCAACGCCAUUCGGUUGUCGAAUCUAUUUUGCCGUCCGUCGAGGAACCGGGCAUGAAUUGCAUUGAGGCACAUGGAUCACCAAAAAGCAGUGACGAAGGCGGAGACCCCUCAGCUAGCGACCACAGGAGUCCCCACAACCAAGAUUGGGUUGACCUAACUCAGGAUGAGUCCCCGGAUCCACACGAACGCCCGACAAAAAGACUCCGCCAAGACGAUACCCUGCCAAGUGUCGAUAAGUUACAGCAUCAACUCACCAAUGAGGUUGCAUUGAGUGAUGAUGUUAUGGACCUCCUAUCCCGAGUUCUCAUAAACCUGACCCCACCACAGUCAGUCAUACUUCGAUACCCCCUAUGGUUCCAAGAUCCAGACUGGAAUCAACUACCAUCAAGGCCCCGUUCCCUGAAUGCCGGGUCCUUGCUCUGCUUCCCCAUUCAUCAUAAAGAACCACUCCAUUGGACGCUGGCUAUCAUUCGAAUCGAUAACGACAAGGCCAUAUGCACCUUCUACGACUCUAUCGGGAAUGAAGAACGUGCCCAAGAGGUAGAAGCUCGACUACGGCAAUGCAUGGGGAAAUGGGCUAUAUCACAAGAGCUUCUCUUUGAACGUCCGGCAUGUGCUCAGCAGGAUGACGGAACAAGCUGUGGUGUCAUAGUCCUGAGCAAUAUGUUGCGCAUUCUUCGUGGACAGCCGGUCCCUAAGUCGAUUGAAGAUCCAUCAAUGGAGAGGCAGACGCUACUCUCCUUGUUAUGCAACGCUGACGGAUCUCGCUUAUCUCCAGAAGAAAAUUCCCUCCUCAACGACUUGAGAAAACAUGCCAUCAUGCAAGCCUCGCAGGAUAAGCUCCAGGAGCUCAUUCGUGCCGAAGAGCAGCGUCUCAUGAAGGCAACGCAUGCCCACAGCGAGGCAACCGCGAAACUAAGUCAAAAUAAAGGCAAAGCCGAAGUGAUGGAAGAUUUCCGUGGAUUAUCCCGUUCUCUCAAGGAUCAGAUCUCCUCUGGUUACGAAAAUACGAGAGAAGGCGGUGCUCCUAUUGACAGCAGCAAUAACCAAUUAGAGAACGAAGAGGCGACCACACCCCUCCGAGCCGUAAGAAACCGCUUAUCUUACGUGAUGGAUAAAGCCCUUAAAGUCGCGCGUGAAGAGGGCCACCAGGAAGGUGUGAGAGGAUGUUUGAGCAAGGUGGAUGAACUUGCAACAGGCAUCGAGAGCCAGAUCCAAACUAAUUCAGAUGAAAUAAGCCAAUGCUUGGCCGAUAUUGAAGAUGCAACGAAGAAUUUGAGACUGUUCAAAGAGGUAUAUGAACUUAAGCAGAGGUUGGAUAAACUUGACACACUUAGCGUAUAUAGGUCACUCUCCUCUCAUACUUAGGUAGGCUUUAAAACAUAGAAACAUGCCCCAAAUACUUCAAUGCUAUGUUAUGUAAUAUCAAAUGUACCGUAAAUAGGUCUACCACUAGUGAGAAACCUUGAUUA